CGGGGCCGUGAGCGGCGGCGGGGCGGGGAUGCCCGCUCGGGCAGGAAAGUUUCUUCCCCGCGGCGGCUCGUCCGCUUCCCGCGCGAACUUCUCCCCGGCCCUCCCCGGAGCUGGAGUGGCCGUAGGGGGCAGUGCGCUGGUAGCCAGCCAUGAUCGCCACUGGAGGCCUCCUGAGGAUCUCGGCUAGGAAACAGGACCCCUUGCGACCCCAGAGCCAAGUCCCCAAACGCAAACGCAAGGCUAAAAAGAAGCGCAAGAAUGACGUGGUUGUGGUGAAAGGCAAACUCAAGCUGUGCUCCCUCUCAGGGCUCAUUGCCCUCUGUGGCAUCCUGGUACUGCUGGUGGGCAUCGCCUUGGCUGUGGUGGGCUACUGGCCAAAGCCCAGCCAGGUGUACAGAGAAGGCAGUGUCAGUGCAAGCAGGCACCUAGCACCGCAUGGUGUCACUCCCAAGUACGACUCCCAGAGCCAGGAAGGGGCACAAGCAGGGAUCCAUCCAGAGUCACCCCCCACAGCCAAUACCUCCACCACUACUACCACCAGUGGGUCUUUGCAGUCCUCCCCGACUUCCUCGUCCCCCCAGGCCUCAGUGGGUUUCCUUUUCCGUCUUUUCUCAAGCUACUUGCAUUCAGACAAGCUGAAGGUGUUGGGCCCUCUCAUCAUGGGCAUUGGCAUCUUCCUCUUCAUCUGCGCCAAUGCGGUGUUGCACGAGAACCGCGACAAGAAGACCAAGAUCAUCAACCUGCGUGACCUCUACUCCACCGUCAUCGAUGCCCACAGCCUGCAGGCCAAGGACGGAGGCACCCCGCCCUCGGCCCCUCUCAACGGCUUUGUCAACUACAUGCAGUCCCGGGGCCUGGAGCUAAAGCCUGGUGGUGAAGGCCUGGGUGCUGCAGCCAUGCUGGCCAAGAGUUCCUGGCCACCGGGACUGGGUGUCUCCCUUUCUCCGCCAGAUCUCGCGUCCUCACCACGACGUUCCUCCUUCUGCCCCCCACCACAGCCACCCAGCCUGGCUGAGGCCGUGUACAGCAUCUGCGGGGAGCGUGCUGCCCUUGCUGGUCACACUGUCACCAGCCCUCCCUGCAGCCCACCAGAGAGCUGCGACCAGUGCAGCACAGCCAGCUCCAUCGUUGGCUCCUCACUGAGCGCUUUUGCCCUCCUGCCCUUGGGGUCGGGCAGCGGAGUAGGAGACUGGCAGAGACCACCUGGUGAACGGGGAGCCCAGGAGAUCCCUCGAGGAGAGUUUGAACUGAGCCUUACCAACCUCAGCAGCAGCCACAUCAAGGGAGGCUGUGGGACAAGGAGGCACAAGCUGGUUCUCAGGCGGCAGAGCAUCAGCUGCUUGCCUGAUGCCAGGCCUCCCCUUUUCCCUGAGCCGCCUCGGUCACCAGCUGACAGUGGGGUCCUGGACUCCAGCCUCUUGGUAAAGGCAUCUUCUAGCUACUCCAAAUCUCUGGAUCUGGGGGGAUCACCCCCCUCAGCCCCUUCUACCAUCGCCAGGAUGGACUCCCAGAGCUCCCAGUCUGAGCCUUCCAGCAGCAAUAAGGGCUACAGCCACCUGGAGGAGGCAGGCACCUCCUUGGAGUCAGUUGCCAACACCACAGCCAGUAAAUUUCAGGAUUGUGAGGAGGAACUGGUUGAGAAGACGGACCCCCUCAAGGCUACCAGCAGAGAGCAAACAGGAGAGCAAUCUCAGCAAACUCAAAGACAGUACACAAAUAAGGAGAAACUCUUUAUGAUUUCUAGGUCACAUGCUGCAUUAGGGUUGGAGGAUGGGGAGUUGGAGAGUACUGGCGUCUAAAUAAAACAGAGAAGGCACGAGGACACCUUGCGUCCCUCCACACCUUUCCCCCUUCUUCAUCUCCUUGUGGACUUAGGAAACCAAUCAAUAUCCAAAGAGCUGCACUAUGUUACCCUUGAAAAUUGAAUUCCAUAAAUCCUGUAGAUGACUUCAGGAAGAAAAAAGGAAAAUCCUUUCUGUCUGAUCGUGAUUGUAUGUUUCAUGCAAGCCAAAUUGUAUUAAAUAUCCACAGUCCAGGAAGUUCUUUGGAUCAGAUUAAUACAAUUUCAGACGGUAUUGCUGUGCACUUUACUGUUUUGAUUUCCAAGUGCCCCUUCUUCUCCUCUGAUUUCUUUCUUGCUGAUUUGCCACUAGCUGCUUGAACACUGCAGGCACCUUUUUAAGCUCAAAAGCAACGUGGUCUUCAGAAAGCAAGCUGAGCUCUAUCUUUGUUUUGGUUCAAUCACUAAAAAGUUUGCAAGGCCUUAAGGAUGAUGUACCUUGACAAAGAAUGAGUUUGUUUAAGUUCUGGAAGAAAAUAACAGUUUAGAAGAGACUGGAGCGGAACAGAGCUCUGGUGAUUUAGUUAAAACCAUUACAUUCCUGAAUCCAAAAUGCAUACUACUACAUGAUACUUUAUUGAAGUAUUAUUACACAUGUAUUGACUAAUAGCAUUAAAAGAUUUUUUUUUAAUAAAACAUUUACAAACAAAACUUCCAUAAAAAGUAAGUCCUUUAUUUUAGUAAGUAAUUACAGGUAUCAGAAACUGUUUAGUUUUAUACUUUGAAAGAUUAUAGAGAUGCUAUGAGGCCAAAGGUUUGCUUAUACUUUUAAGUAGGUAAUUAAUAAUAUAGAUGUAAUUUCAAAAUAAAUACUGGUUCAGUCUCUGAGAAACCACACUGUAAUUCAGUCAGCAGAUUCCGUCUCCAUUUCUGACAGUGCUCUGUGACAGACAGCUGAAGAAAUGUGAGAUUUUGACAGGCUAAGGAAAAAAAUUUUUUGAAGGUUUGAUCUUCUAUUCAGAUUAGGUUUUUUGUGAGUAACAGAUUAAUCUUGAACUGCAGCAUCUUCUUUCUGGAUUUUUCACUUCCCUUAUAACUGUUGCAUCAAGUGUUUCUGCCGUUACAAUUCCUGUUCGUGAAUGCCUGUGCAUAAGAUUAAUUUUGACGCAUAAUGAUAGCCCUGUCGGUCUCUUAGCAGUUGGCCAUAUUGAAGUCAGCAGAGGUUUUUCACUGAGUUUAGCAUGGUGAGAAUUUCUUCCUGCAUGAGAAAAGCAUCAGGUUUCCUGAAGAAUGCCUUGUCUGUAGGCAGAUUUUUGGUAAAUUGAUAAGCUGUUUCAUUUUCAUAGCUGCAGCACGGCAGGCACUCGUAUUUUGCCAAAACAGCUUUAUGUGCUCAGAAGAUUUUGUCAAUACUUCAGAUUUUAAAUAUGAAUGUGGCAUUUCUCCACUAUGGGAAGAGAAAUCCACAUUGAGCAAACACAAUGUGUAAACAGACAGAAGUCUUUCUGUUGCAAUUAAAUUUUUUCCUGUGGUUCAUGUUUUAAAAUACUUAGUUGCAUAUUUACUUACAUUACAGUACAUUGUGACAGGUAAUAUAACUAUCACUAAAGACAAUUGCUUUUAGUAAUUCUGCAGAAUUCUGUAAUAAGUAGGGCUAAUUUAAAAGACAAGAAGAAAAAAAAAGAAAAAAUAAUUUGUCAUGUCAGAGUCUUGAAACUGAAGAAGCAGAAAGUGCUUGUGCUUGUUCUCUUGAGCAAGAGAGACAUCCAGGUGGCAAUAUCUUUCCUCCUAUCGGUGGCAACCAGUACACUGACAAUAUGAACAUCACUGUGGCAUUUUUUGCUAUCAAACUGCUAGCACACAGCUGGCAAAAAUCUGUUGUAAAACUGCCUGGAUUGGCAUGGGCUGGAUUAGGCACUACAGGAAGUGGUGAGCAGGUGUCUCAGCUGGCGCUGGCAUUUGCAUGGGACUUUCCUUUCAGUUCUCCAUAGGCAUGUUCUUCUACCUCUUCUCCUCUGACUUCCAGAAAGAUGUAUGAGAUGUAUCUGAGCAGUGUUUCCUGGUGCUGAUGGAGAUGCUAGUUAUUGACAGAACUGAAGACAUCCUGUUUGUUAUUUUCCACGCUAAAACUGUCCAUGGAGGUGCAAGGGAAGACGUGAGUUGUGUGUUACUGGGGCAUGGAGUCCUCGGGAAGAUGUGACAGGAAUUUGUUUUAUUCUGAGAGGGGGUAAAAUAUGCUUUUUAAAAUAUUCUUCAUAAAUAUUUCUUCAGUCAUCUGAAUCUACAGUGUGCUCUAAAAAAAAAAAGGCAACUUUAAAAAACCUUUGGUUACUCCUUUGAUUUGAAACAAAGCAGGCAGUAAUUAUUCUAGUGAUUAAUUUACUGCAAAGCUUUCUGAAUGGCAAAAUUAUAAAAGAGUUCAGCAUUAAUAAGUAAAAUUAUAGCUUGUUCCUGUGUUGCCAGAAAAGACGUGAAACAUGAACUUUCAUCAGUCGAGAUGUACUUUUUAAUAACAGCAGCUAGAAGUGAUUUGUAACAUAUAGAUUAAUAAGCAGAGAAAGCUACCUCUCUCUCUUUGUAAGACAUUAUUUUUGCAAAUUUAUUAAUUAAAACUACUUGUUGAGCAGUUUAUGCAGAGAUGUAGUUGUAGUCAGAAACUUUUGUUUAAAAUUCAAGGCAGGAAAGUUAGUCUAACACCCCAGUGUUGAAAAACGACUCAGAGAUUCAACCCCUGUGCACCAAUCAUGACUGCUGUUAGUACCACUAGCCUUGGAGAGAAACAUAGCAGCCAGUAAGGAGCUGAGCCUUUCUUGGUGAUGCCCACAGGUGAUGUGGGUGCUGGGGUUUGUGCUUUGACUGAUUAUUGAGUCUCUGAGCUGGCCCUGACUGCUUCUCCAGACUGUCAGGCUGCCUUUUGGCCAUCAUUUGUGCAUUCUGUCACAUGCUUAUCCAUUUUCCUCCAAUCCAGUCUCUUCCUUUUAACCUUCCAGCUCCAGUGUCCUGCCACCUAGUGCUUCCUCCACAGUCCUUCUCAAGAGACUAGAAGCUGCCUCUACAUACCAGUAUCCACCUGCCUGCAUGUUGCAGAAAGAGAUGGGCUGUCUCACAUGUUUAUUAAUAAGAAAUGUAUUCUUUUAAAUUAAUUAAUUUUAAAAAAUGUAUUUAUGUUUAUGAAGAAGGAAUCAUUAGUCCCUGUAUUUAAGAAGUGAUAUCCCUGAAGGUAUUUUGAGCUGGAAUACCAGCCAUAAAUUUUUGCUAUGGAAAAAUUAGAUUUUGGUUUAGAAAUGUGUGUUUUGGUUUGCUUUGCUUUUUUAGCAUAGAAGUCCUAUGAUAUUUAUAUAAAAUUUCCAGAGGAAAGUUUGUUUCUACCUGAAUCUUCAGAAUACUCCCAUCACUAGAUAGAAGGCUGCAUCUGUUCAUUAUGAGUAUAGAUGCUGUUUGGACCAGUCUGAGGACAGGCAAAUGCCCUAAUUGUACUUCAGUCAUGCUGCUGUUUGUUACAAAAUCCUCAGGACUCUGGAGAAGCUGCUGACCCAGUUCUGGCUCAGUUUUCACUGGCUAGCAAAGUAUUUAAAAUCCUUGCAUUAACCUGGCUUGCUUGGCUGGACUGAUUUACCAGACUCCCCAACUGUUGACAUAUCAGCUGAUCUACAAAGGACCAGAUUUGUUACCCUGUAUUGUUUAGAUACAUUUUUAACAGCUUUUUCAAGGACUGAUGAUGUCCAACAGUGAGCAACAGUGCAUGUACAAACAUUGAAUUGGGUAAUUGUUAACAUAGUUUUACGUCUGCAGUCUGAAAUACAGAUUUUAUGGAUUGUUAUAGAUUUUCAUAACAACCAAAUCAGUUUACACAGAAGUAGCAAUAAGACUUCAAUUAAACAACAUUUUUUAUUAAAAGUAAUGGAUGUGGCAGAAUGAUAAAUCUUAUUUGAUUUCAGUAGGAGGAAUAGCCUUUGAUAAUGUUUAAUAGUUUUUCUUUCUACACAAAACCCACACAAAAUACAAGUGCUCAGUGGUAGCUGACUAGUAAAAUCUUAAUAGUCAAUAAAAGUAUAGAUUUGGGGGGCAUUUUUUUUUCUUCUAGGAAAAAAAAAAGGUUUCUCUAUCACUUCUCCAAGACUGUCGGUAGCAAUAACAUGAUGCUUUAGCCAGGUCACUUUAAUUACUGUUUUUCAGUUUGGGCCUAGAAACAGUGAACAAGGGGCACAGCAUGUGCAGGCACAAUCUAAGAGGAUAAAUACAGUAUCACAGCCAGAGGAAAAAAGUCUUCUAUGGAGGAGUAUACUGUUACUAUUUCAUUUUAGAAGCCAGACUUUAUAUUUACAGCUUCUAAAAGCUCCAAAACAGAAAAGUUUAAGUAAGCACACUAGAAUUUGUGCUCUGCCAUUUAGUUUUCACUGUUAACGUGGAGACUCUGGAGGAGUCUCCCAAGAGGGAGACCCUGGAGAUCCGACAGAGGUGUGCAUGAUCAGGUGAAAUGGCAUUGAAGUUUGGAUGGGGGAACUAGGCUAUUAAAAAGGAUCUAACUGGAUCACAGGAUAAUUCAGGAACUAGAGGAGCAUGGCUUGUGUUUAUCCACUGGCUAGUCUUUUAUCCACAUUUUAAUUAGACAGACACAGUCAAGCCACAGUACUACUUUUAAAGGAUUUUUUUAAUUUAUUGUUAUUCUUUUAAAAUUAUGUUGCAAUGAGAAGAAAGCUUGUUUGGUGAAAGUACGAAAAGAGAUUCAAACUAAACAAACGUCAAAUAUCACUAUUAAAAACUCAGUCUCUGA